CGGCGCAGCGCGAGGCCAGUCCGAGAACGCGACCCUAACACUAACAUCCGGUGUAUUCCGACGGAAAAAGAGAGAGAGAGAGAGAGAGAGAGAGAAGAGAAUCGGAAACGGAAACGUCUGACUGCUUGAUCGUCCAGUAAUCGGCACGCUAACAUGAAGAUCAUCCUGUUGCUCUUCGUCGUCGCGGUCUUUGCUUCAGCCCAAAGGAUCACGACGAUCCAGCUGGAUGGCAUACAGUACUUUGUGUCGCGAAUGAAUCCCUACAGUCCGGAACUGAAUUACUUCCUGGCGUAUCAGUACUGCCGCUCCCUGGGCCUCCAGUUGGCAUCUUUCGAGACAAAAGAGAAGGCCGACACGAUGACGCAAUACCUGAAGAACGCCGGUUACACGAAAUACGACUUUUGGACCUCCGGCAACAAGUUGGGUACCGACAUGUUUUUAUGGAUGAGCACGGGACUGCCGUUCAACGUCACCUUCGACUAUAUGCUGAAGCGACCUGGCAACAGACCCGCGGACGUCCCACCCGGCACCGAACCCCAAAGAGUGGCGCGUGAAAGCGGCGACAGCGGCAGCGCGGACGGAUGCGUCGCGAUGGUGGCACCUACGUUAGCCUGGGAGGCGCAGGAUUGCACUCUCGUGAAGGACUUUAUCUGCGAGCAAACAAGAUGCUACUACUACAACUACGGCAGCAUUCCAGUCUCCGCGACUCAGGGAAAUCACAGGCCCUACAUCACGACCACCUCGGCGCCAGCCAGCGACGACCAAGCGAGUGAUGAUGGAAUCGACAGCACCAACAUCGACGAUCACCACCAUUCGGAUAUCGAGGCUCAGAGCGAGCAAGAAGGGACAUCAUCGGAAGUGGACACGUCCGCGGACGAGAAACUAUCGGAGGACCCGGUCGUCAGCAGGCUAAUUACCACGGCCGCUCCCGCAUCUGGCAAUCAGCAGCAGCAGCAGCAGCAGCAGCAGCAACACAACACGGGUACGACGGCAUCGGCGACGUCAGUGUUCGAGGACGGUAACGAGCGCGAGCCCACGGCCGUCGGCGAGCUGGACGAUAUCAGACCGGAUCACAUCCCGGACAUCGCGAGCCUCUUCACUGGGCACGUCGCCGUGGCGUCUCAAGCGCGCAAGGACAGCGUCUUCGACGGUCUCGAGACUCGCGAAGUCCUGCGGCCGUCGGUCUCCCGUCCCGUCGUUUCCCCCGCCUCCUCCUCCUUCUCGUCGGAGAUGAAGAUGGAGCAUCGCGAGUCCCCCGAUUACGGCGACCUGACCGCGGAGACUGAACUACCGAACAACGGCCUCGAGGACGCCCACACGAUUGGCCCGUACGACAGCGUACAGGAUUACGUCAACGAUCAGCCGGUGGACGCGGCGCCGUCAUCGGCGGACUCGGCGAUGAUGAAGGACCAGGACGACGACAGCAGCACGAUCCUGCCAGAAGCGGAACCGGCCUACAGGUACAACAUCAAAGUGCGCACCAACGGCAAAGUAUUAGACCCUCCGUCCAAGUAACGCUUUACUUCCUCACUAGGCAACGUCGCGUUAUUUCGUUUUGUAAGUGACAGAAACACACAAAUCGACAUUCUUCACGAACUAUACGCACACACACACACACACACAUAUAUAUAUAUAUCUCAAUAUAUAUAUGUAUAUAUAUAUAUCAGAGUGCGUAUUUCACGCGUGACACGUGCGAGCUGUCACCACACGUGCGAGCUGUCACCAUUCGCCGUUUAGCUCUAACUUAAGGCGUACCCGAUACAAUGCUCGAUAGUUUUGAAUUAGAGAGAAACUACAUUAUCAGCUUUCUCGGUCGGCGGCAGGCAGAAAUGAUUGUUUCGGACCGUCCGUUGGAACCUCAGUGAUUGAAAUGUACACGAAUGAGUAACGAUAUUGUCAAAGUCGUAAUAUUAAUAGAAAAAAAAAAAAACAAAUUAUUCUCCUGCCGACGUUACUCGACAAGCUAUACACUUUCGCAAGGGCAUUUACUCGAUUACUCAGCUCUCAUUUUUUUUAUCACUGAUAACGCCGGCAAAUUAUCAUUACCAUCGUAUCAUUUAUACUUCAUUUCCGUUUAUUCUCAUUAAAUUCUCACUUUCAGCAUUAACAAGAGUUAAAAUGGGAUAAGUAAAAAAUAAAAGAAAAAUAUUUUUUAUAUCUAAUAAUUCAUCAAUGAAUCAGAUUUCGCCAGCGUUUUAUAUGUAUCUUCAUAAAGUGGUAAUCAUCAUCAUCAUAGUUAACAUAUUUAUACGUCUGCAAGACGAAACAUUCGACAGCCAGACGAUUCCCGAAAUGUUUUGGAAUACGUGAUGGAUGUUAGAGAGACCAGCGAGAGUCGGUCGUAAAUGUUUCGGUCAUCCAGACGUAUGACGAUCGGCAUACGUAGUUUCGUCAACGAGAAACUUUGCUCUUUAGCUGCUACGAUAAGUCACUUCCAUAUUAAUUCUGUGUACAACGGCGCGAAUGUGCGACUUGUGUAUAACUAAACUUUAAUAAAGGUACGACUACAGUCUUAUGGUA